AUCACCUUCGUCCUGCACAGCGAUCUACCCUCCUCAAACUCCCUCUGUCUCUGUCGAUUAUAGUCUCCAAAGGUAGUGAAGUUUGCAAAACUGUAGAGAAGAAUGCCAAAGAUUAAGACAAACCGAGUCAAGUACCCAGAAGGGUGGGAGCUGAUCGAACCUACUCUUCGUGAGCUUGACGCCAAGAUGAGAGAAGCUGAGAUGGAUGAACACGAUGGAAAGAGAAAGUGUGAAGCUUUAUGGCCAAUCUUCAAACUCUCUCAUCAGAGGAGUCGCUAUGUUUAUGACCUUUAUUACCGGAGGAAGGAGAUAUCUAAGGAGCUCUAUGAGUUCUGCUUGGACCAGGGCUAUGCUGAUCGUAACCUCAUUGCCAAAUGGAAGAAGUCAGGGUAUGAGCGUCUAUGCUGCUUGCGCUGCAUCCAGCCAAGAGACCACAACUAUGGAACAACAUGUGUAUGUCGUGUUCCCAAACACUUGCGUGAAGAGAAAGCGAUUGAGUGCGUUCACUGCGGUUGUCAAGGAUGCGCCAGUGGCGAUUAGUUUCACCUGACUUCUUCACUAUUAUCCCUAUCUCGAUGUAUUCUACAUAUUUGCUUGUCAAAUCUGGAUUAUUAUGUGCCCUGAUACCUUGACUAAUUUCCCUUUGCAGAACUUCUAAUUGUCAAUUCUUGUGUUGCUGUUGAAAUUAGAAAGACAGUUCCCUGUUUGUAAAAUAAAUGAAUUAAACAGUAGCAAGUCC